GUUUGUCAUUCAGAAAAGUGUGCUCGUACAGUUAACAACUAAUUAAGCACACACAAAUAGUAAUAAUGGACCCAUCACGGAAGUUCUUCCCGGCCGUCUUCGUUCUCUUACUGCUCGUUGUCGCCACAGAGGUGGCGCCAACGGAGGCGAAGCGGGAGUGCGAGGCGGCCAGCGUCCGGUUCAAAGGGCUAUGCAUGGUGCAAACGAACUGCGCCAAUGUGUGCCUCACGGAGGGAUUCACGGGUGGCAGGUGCUCCAGCUUCGUCAGGAAGUGCAUGUGCACCAAGCCAUGCUAGAUUUUAUAUUAUGAUAUCAUGUGUGGAUGAUGCGUGCCGACUAGCUAUACCCUUAGCUAGAGUUGUUAUUUUUGCUUGGUCUCUGGAUUAUUUAUCUCUGUCAGACGUAUGAAGUUUCAUCACUUUAUUCUUCAGUUAAAAUGAAGGAAAACUUUUCUUUAUUCAAAUAAACAGAAACAUGUAUGAUCCGCAAGUGUUCACUGGAUCAAUUUUGCUGUGGUUUUGUAUAUCUUUUUAUUGCUGAUGAUGAUCGAUAUAUUUGAUUU